AUGGAGCAGUACCAAGUGAUGCUUCCACUAAAGACUCCUAAUGAUCCCCAGCAGUCAACUCGCGUAUCUGCUGAAUCUGGAGCAUGUUGGAGUAGCGGAAACGGCCAACCGGCACGUUGGUGGAAUGAAGGCGAGACCCUUACUCGAGGAAGAUACUGGUAUGAAUGCAGAAGAGGCCGUCUCGACCCAAAAGGCUGUGUAACGGAGACAAAUCGUAAGCUGAACAUUGGCAGUACGGUUGAAGCUGGUGGAUAUGUGGCGAUUUGUGAACUAGCCCGUUACUUAAUCUCACUGGAACAACUUAUAUUAGCAGUAGCUAGGUAUUGCGCUGUCCUAAAUCCCUAUGCAUAUCUGCAAGCUAGUUGA